AUGGAUGAAAAUGUGAGUGGCGAAUGCGAGCGGCCACGCGAUGUUAAUGUUGUGGAUUAUGUCAAGAAACGAGCUAUCGAUAAUCGUUCAUUGGUAAGCGGCGAGGUCACCAAAGGACCACGUACAGCAAUACAACGAUUGCCACGUCACAUGCGACGUCGUGCGAUGUCAUAUAACGUACGGCGACUACCACGUGCACAGCGCCGUUUCGCAAAAUCAGCCACUGCUGCUUCAAAGCAUCGUAAGAAAGCGCCUAGCCGUUUCUGGAGGAGACGACCACGAAAUUUACUUUUGGUAAAAAUUUCCUAG